GCGGGCGGCGCCAUGGAGCUAACGACCCCUCCGCGGCCCUGGGCCUUCCUCGCGCUGGCGGCCGCGGCACUGCUGCUGCCGGGGCCGGCGGUCUAACCUAGAUGAUUGCCUUAUCAAAGAACACUUGAACACAAGAGACAGAAACAAUUACACGAUAGACCAUCAACCUCUUCCAAAGACUGGGGUUGCAAAUAAACUUUCAGAAGUCCACAUUGAUACCCACACAACAACUAGAAUUCAUCAGGGCACAUCAGGACUCAACUCAAUCCAGAGCCCUAGCCAUCAAAUAUCUCAUAGACAUCAGAUACAUUUGUCCACGAAUCGACGCACGGACGUGCCUACAAUUCCUAGGACACAUGGCCACCACCAUGUUCGUGGUAAAACACGUCAGAUUACAUAUGCAGUGUCUUCAGGGCUGGCUGCGUUCAGUAUACAAACCCACCAAACACAGCCCCAACAUGGUGGUAACACCAUUGACCAAGGUUUUAGCAAUGGUGGACAAGACCAGAGAACAUCUGCAUAGGGGUUCCCUUUCACCACAGACCUCCUUCAGUCAUGAUCACAACAGAUGCCUCCCUACUGGGCUGGGGGGCACACCUGGACCACCACAUGACACAAGGCAGGUGGUCGCCAUUGGAAGCACACCUUCACAUAAACCUGCUAGAACUCAGAGCAGUAAGAUACACCUGUCUUCACGUCCUACCACUUAUAAGAAAUGAAUCAAUUUGAGUGAUGACAAUGUAUCUUCUACAUCAACAGACAAGGGAGGGCACAAUCCCACUCCCUAUGCACCAAAGCCAUGAGACUAUGGAACUGGUGUAUCCAGCACCACAUCGACAUCUCAGCUUCUUACCUACCAGGAUGCCAAAACACCACCGCUGACACAUUAAGCAGAUGGCUCUCACAAGAGCAAGAAUGGGAACUGAACCCUACUGUCUUACAACAGAUAUUCUAUCAGUGGGGGUUCCCAUCUAUCAACUUAUGCGCCACAGCACAGAACCACAAAUGCCUACUAUUUUGUUCCAUGGCGGGACUUGGUCCCCUAUCCCUGGGGGAUGCUUUCCUAAUCCGGUGGGACAAAACUCCAGGGUGGAUGCCACAUUAGACCUCACUGUCCUUUCUGCUGCUAUUAUGCACCUAACUCCAAAGUCUCCCCACAACCAUAGUGGGUACUGCUCUACAUUCACCUGAAGUAGAGCACCACAGGGACAGCACUCUAAGAAGAAGAGAGGGUUACUCAUCUUGUGCAGUAACUGAGGUUCUUCGAGAUGUGUCCCUCCGUGGGUGCUCCACUAUUCACCCUCCUCCCCUCUGCUUUGGAGUUCGACAUGUGGACUCGAUGAUAGAGAAGGAACUGAGGAACUGGCCGUGCGUGCACUGAAGAGACUCCAGUGGUGCCACGAGACACUUGCUGCGCACGCACGGCCUGACCAGGCAAUGCUACUGAAAAUCUCAGAUCAACGGCACCUGGAUGCACCGUCACCUGAAGUGGCGCACCCACGGGGGGACACAUCGCGAAGUACCUCAGUUACUGCACAAGCUGGAAGUCCUUGCUUUUUGGAUAAGACUCAUCUUAUAAAGAAAGGAGCUGCACGCUUGAAGCGAGACAAUAUAGAUAGAACUCAUGACUCAGUGGCCUUUUAUGAAACUGGUGGAGUUGCAUCUAUUCCAGAUGCUCCACAAAUUUCUGAUCAAAUACUUGGAAUAGAAGGAUCAACUGUUCCAGUGUAUGUUCUCAUUACUUCCAAAGAUUUAAUUCUUAAGUGUUUGACUCAAAAGCUGUUAAAGCAGAGAAUCAUUGAUCCAAAAUAUCAGUGGAUUGGUCCUAUAGGAUUGAUAACCAAAGAAUCACAAAGGUUUGUUUUAACUGAUGACGGUAGCCUGGAAAUUUAUAAUAUUCAUGGAAGUGACUCUGGAAGUUACAUCUGCAAUGUCAUCUAUGUACAUAACAAUAAAUAUGUGACAACAGAAAUCCGUUUCAUGGUCUAUGUAUAUCAUAAGCCAGGGAAAAGUAUACAUCUGUCAUCUGAAUUCAAAACAGAAACCUGUGAAACCAAUGCAGUUGCUUCAUUUGAAAAACAACUAUUAGAAAAUAUGGAGAACUUAAUCCGUGAUCUUCAAUGUGAGAUCCGGCAGUGGAAUACACAAUGCCAUGCAGCUACAGAUACAAUGGCGAUGCUAACACACAAACUUACAUUUCAGUUUGUGGUUUUUCCGUUUGCAUUGGCAUUUGCAGAAUCCUGUAAAAGUUCAAAAUGUGAAAACUCCACCAAUUACAUCAAAAAGGCAUACACUAAGAUUAAACAAUUCUUUGAAGUCCAAAAUACUGAAUCAGAUCACAUUCGCCAGAUACAUUAUAUUUCUGGCUCUCUUACUGGUAAGAAAGUGGAUCACUGCAAACCAGGAUUUGGUAAAAAUAUAAACAACAGUACGCUGUGUCCAGGAUGCUGUGUAACCUGCCCACCUGGUCGAUUCAGUGCAAGAUAUGAUACCACAUGUAUUCUCUGUGCAUCGGGGUCCUAUAAUAAAAAGUACGGGCAGACUGCAUGCAAAAACUGUCCAAAAACACAAACUAGUGAUAGAAGAGGAGCCAAAACUGAAAGGGAGUGUCACGGAACUCUGCAAAUCUGGAUUAUUUUCUUAAUUUCCUCCUUAGGAACAAGCCUUAUCCUAGUGACAGCUUGGGCAAUAAUACAUAAAUGUUGUAGAAGAACAUUAGCAGCCAGAUACAUAGAGGAAGCCGAAUCUGAACUUAAAACCAGACUGAAAACAUUUGCCAAUAUUGCAAGUGAUGCAGAGAUUGAAGAGCAAAGAAGUAAACUAAGAAACCCAGACAGAUAUGAGAGAAAGAAUCUGCCAAAAUAUAAAGUUGGGUUUAUAGAGGAAGAGUCCAUAGGAUUAUUAAGCAAUGAUGGCAUAACAGAGACAUCAACACCUGUCGGCUCAAAUCCAUCUCCUGACCGUACAUGGCCAAGUGAAGUAGAAACAAGCUUUGAGGAAGGCAGAUCACAGGGUACUUUGGAAGAAGAAAUCCACUGUGUUUCAAAAGGACUAGUUUCUAAUCCGCAAAAGUUUAACACAAACCACAAAUUGUCUUAACUUCUCUGUGUGAUGUAGGGUGAAUUGUAAAGCAAAGUACUGAUCAUCUGUUGCAAAAUGUGGGGUUAAGGAUCCUUCAAAAAAUAUUCAUGUCCAUAAGGAUAUUAUCUUAAGAGUUAUUUUUUAUCUACAAUAAGGGUGUAUACUUUAUAGUGGUGUAUUCUGGCAGCUGGAAAAGCAAAAACUGUUUAAAAGAUCAGCAUUCUCCUUCAAGCAGACAAUUCUCCUUAAAAAUGUGUAGCACUUAGUUUUAGAAGCUCCAUUCUGCAGAAGCAUACUGAACCUUUCGUCCUCUGCAGACGCAUUAAAUACUUUCUACAGAUGUGUGUUAACAUAUAUUUUAUUUUUUCAUAUGCAAGCUAUUCAACCGUUUGAUAAUGGCUCCAAACUAAUUAAAUUUCUUAUUUUCUAAGAACUCUACAGAACCAAAAUAGAAGUUAAACAUUAACUGAUAUAAUUUGAUAUUAUGAUACAAUACUGUCAUGUUACAUUUUUCAUAACCCCAAUGCAAACUAUGUGUACAGUAAUUUUAAUGUGCUACAUGCUUUGCAGUGUGUAUUAUGUUCAGAAUAAAUUUAGAAAAAUUUUAAACUCAUAUGUUAUGCCUGUUCAAAACUGAAGUUCAUGUGAACAAAAAUGGUAUUGGGACUUUAGCCAGUAGCAAAUCCACUGGACGGUUUCAGUAUUAUGAAGGUGGGAAAUG